GGUUUUUUUUUGGNAGACACUGAUGGAAAUGUUGGCAGAUAGGGGUUACCUUGUUGGAGAGUUUGAGAUAAAUAUGUCAAAACAUCAGUUUCUUCAGAAGUAUGGUGAGAAUAUGAAGAGAGAAGACCUUGUUAUUCAGAAAGCCAAGCGCAACAACAGUUCUGAGCUGAUAUAUGUGUUCUUUCCAGAGGAGGCAAAGGUUGGUGUUAAGACAAUGAAAACUUAUACGGAACGCAUGAAAAAAGAAGAUGUCUUCCAGGCAAUCCUCGUUGUACAACAAAAUUUGACUCCCUUUGCUCGUACCUGCAUUUCUGAAAUAUCUACAAAAUUCCAUUUGGAGGUUUUCCAGGAAGCAGAGCUUUUGGUAAACAUAAAAAAUCAUGUUCUAGUUCCGGAGCACCAGCCACUUACUCCUGAAGAAAAGAAGACCUUGUUGGAACGAUAUACUGUGAAAGAAACACAGCUUCCUCGAAUUCAGAUCACUGAUCCUAUUGCUAGAUAUUAUGGGCUAAAACGUGGCCAAGUCGUGAAGAUUAUCAGACCAAGUGAGACUGCAGGCCGUUAUAUUACUUACCGAUAUGUGGUGUGAAUUAGUUUUGAUGUUUUCGCCAGUUGAAAUGUAAGCACUGACCAAAAAAGUCAAGUGAUGUAGUUGUUUCCUUCCCAUUUUCUUCCUGUUUUUCUUUUCAUAUGAAAUUAUGAGAGACCAAUUUAUAUGUAAACUACACCUCUGGGCUCUGCAUCUUUUUUCCA